AAUAAAAAAAAAAGGACUUGAACAACUGUGCUUGUCCAAUAUUGAUGGAGAAGACAAGGCACUAUCGAAAAUCUGUGAUACCCUUGUGGAUAAUUUUGACUUGGACAACUUGUACUACACGAAAUCAGAUCUUCAAGGAUUGUUGUCGCCCCGCUCCUUGUUCGCUACGUGUCCCCUAAAUAACGACUACAAUACAACAGUCCAGAAUAAAGAGGACAUUGUUAACAUGGCAGAUGCUUAUCUCUCACUGACCGAGAAGCAACGAAUGGAAAUCAGUACACAUGUUUAUGAUAUUCUAGCGAAAUGCUCAUACGAAAGCAUAUACUGUAGUCACAAAAAUUUCACAACGUUUUGGAGUUUUCUUUACGGCAACUGUUUUACUUUUAACACUAAACGGGGAAACAAAAGUCAUGAUAUGAUAAUUCGAACAACAGGGACAUUCUCUGGUAUAAAUCUCUGGUUUGGUAUUCAAGUUUUUGAAACGAAUGAAUUGGCUGAGAAUGGUUUAAAACUGAAGCUUAUAAUACAUUCCCCGUACAUUAUGCCGGAUAUGGAGAACGAUGGUAUAGACAUCAAGCCAGAAUCAUCGCUCUCUAUCGGCAUUGAUCAGAUAGAUUAUCAUCGCUUACAGGAGCCAUACAGUGAAGGAUGCUACAGGGAUGACAAGAACGUACCAGGUUCUUACAGCAGACAGCAAUGUUUCCAGAAAUGUGCACAACUUUUAAGUAAUGAAACAUGUGGAUGCGGGGAUCCAACAAUUAAUUUACCUGAUGGAGUGCCACCCUGCUCCAUUAAGGACGCUGCUGAUGUGUGCUGCCUGGACGAAGUCAAGGAAAACCUUGUUCUCUGGUGUGAAGACCUGACGAUUGUCCCAUUCCUUGUGUUGAUUACACCUACUCGUUGACGGUAUCUAGAAGUUUAACCGACUAUUUAGUACAGGUAAUAAAAAUCACAGAAACGAU